AUGAAUUAUAUGAAUUAUAAUUAUGACCGUCCUUCUUUGGAUAAUUCAUUUGCAAGUGGCAUCUCAUUUAAUUCUCAAUUAACUAUGUAUGAUGGUUCUGAGAAAAUGGACAAUAUGAUUAAGAAUGGAUCUUUUAAUAAUAAUAGUACGACUAACAAUAAUAACAAUGUCAAUCCUAAAAGUAAUGUCACGCCAACUACAAAUUUUCCAUUACAUCCGCAUCAACAAAUGAAUACAUAUCAAUAUUAUAAUAAUUUGAAAGGAAAUUUAACUGGGAAUAAUCAAGAACACUUAUCAAGUAACCCUAUUUCAUCAAAUAAUGCCAAUAUUUGGAGGGAUCAAUUAAGUUCUAGUUCUCAAAAUGGCGAUGAUAAUUUAAACGUCAUGGAAUCAAUUGGGACAUCUACUGCAGGUAAUUUAACUUCAAAUAAGAGCUAUGUCAAUCCUAGCAUCAAUACAAGCUAUAACAGCAUGUUUGACACAUAUUCAAACACUACUGAGUCUUCAAAUAUUAAUCAAAGAGAAAUAGAUGAAGAGUUGAAAUUAUUAUUACAAGUUAAGGAGACUCAAAUUGAAUCAUUAGAAAAUGAAAUUCAGAAGUUAAAGGGGAUCUUUAAGAGUGGAUUUAAAAAUAAGAAUAAAUCAAUCGGUAAAGAAAAUAUUAACAAUUCAAAUAAGAAUAAUGGUGAUAAAAUUUCUAUACCUUCUACAUUAGAGAAUAUUUUCAGAAAAUUAUCUGUCGCUUUGCAUGACAAAGAACAAGAAUUAGCGGUUACAAUGAGAAAUUUAGAGAGUGUAUUAACAGCAGUUGCUGCUGAACCAAGUAAUUCAAUUACAAAGUAUGGAAGAUAUGAUAUCGAGUCACUUUCUCAUAAGAUAAUAGUCAGAAUCGAGACAUUGACUAAAGAAAAUAGAGAGAUGUCAAAGAUGUUGGCAUAUGGGAGAUCCAAAGAAACACAGAUUGAACUACAGUUAGUAAAGAAGGAAAAUGAUGAAUUGAAAGAUCAGAUACGAAUCUUACAACAACAGCAUCAAAAAAGUGGGAAACAGAAAAAACAAUAG